AGAGGAGUUGAUCGUCGUAUAGCUGAAACAUCAGGUACUAACAACACGGAGGUUCACCAACAAAGCCGGCAGGAGUCAUCACAGUCACAGUCCGGUGACAGAUUUUCUAUUCGGGCCAACCCGUACCUCCAACUCCCUUCCACGUGUCCCCUCCCUUCGGUGACCGACGCCGUCUAAUCCCUCUCUUUUUUCUCCGUCAACGGAACCCAACAAAAUCACCUUUAAUCCUAACCGUAAAAAAAUCGUCGUCAAGAAACCCCGUCAAUAUAUUCCCUUCCGCCGGUAGUCAACACCGAACAAACAAACCCUAACCCUAUCUCCCCCCCCUCUCUCUCUCUCUCUCCUCCCCUAUCUCUCUCUCUCUACAAAACCCAUCAGAUCGGCGGUCGGCCAUGGAAGACGACGAAGAAACACAGUCACACCCUUCGCCUGAACCCGGAUCUCCUUCUUCCGCACAAUCCAACGGCAGAAUCACGGUGACCGUCGCCGCCGCUCCGCCUCAGAACACCCUCACCCUUGCCCUGCCGAUCCAGCAGCCUCGCUCCUCCUCCGCCGCCGUCAACAAUGGCGGCGGAGGCGGUGGAGGCGGACGGGAGGAUUGCUGGAGCGAGGGGGCGACGUCGGUUUUGAUCGACGCGUGGGGCGAGCGGUACCUGGAGCUGAGCAGGGGUAAUUUGAAGCAGAAGCAUUGGAAAGAAGUGGCUAAUAUUGUGAGCAGCCGAGAGGAUUACGCCAAGAUCCCUAAGACGGAUAUUCAGUGCAAGAACCGGAUCGAUACGGUUAAGAAGAAGUACAAGGUGGAGAAGGCGAGGAUCGCCUCCGGCGGUGGGCCCAGCAAGUGGCCGUUCUUUGAACGGCUCGAGCACUUGAUUGGGCCCACCGCAGCUAAGGUUUCCGGUGGCUCGGGUUCAGGGUCGAACCCAAGCUUCCAGAAAGUUGUUCCGGUUGGGAUACCCGUUGGGGUUUCUUCGGCUUCUAGAGCUGUGUCUCACUUUCAAAACAAUCAGAAGCCGCUAGCGAAACCUAACCAGAAACUAAAACAGAAACAGAAAUCGAAAGCGAAGUUUGGUCGGUACGAGUCCGACUCGUCUAGGUCGGAACCGGAGCCGCCAUCGCCCGACUCGAUCGACAGUUUCCCGCCUCCGGUGCCGAAGAGGCCGAGGGUUAUGAGUUCGAGCGCUGUGCGGCCAGCGGUGAAGCAGGAAAGCAAGGAGGGAGGGGGCGGUGGUGGAGGAGGAGAGAGGGACAAGAAUUUGAAAUCCCCGGGCGAUUGGGGGAAUUCGGUGAGGGAAUUGACUCGGGCGAUUUUAAAGUUCGGAGAGGCGUACGAGCAAGCGGAGAGCUCGAAGCUGCAGCAGGUGGUGGAGAUGGAGAAGCAGAGGAUGAAGUUUACCAAGGAGCUUGAGCUACAAAGAAUGCAGUUUUUCAUGAAGACCCAGUUGGAGCUUUCGCAGCUGAAGCAUAGGAGGAAUGGGGGGAAUAACAGUAAUCAUCACAGCAAUCACAAUCACAAUAACAAUGUCAUCAACAAUAGCGAUAGCAGUAGUUAGAUUGUGGUCUAGUUUUUUUAGUGUCGGGUGGAACUGGAAGAAAACUCUAGUUGUUGGCCAGUUGAUAAGAAGCAUUUGUAUUUGAAUGUAGUAGUUGGAAAUUUGAGUGUUUUAGUUUCGGUUCUUGUUCUAAUUUAAGUAUGUCAAAUGGUCGAAGACAUGUAGUAUUUAAUGUUCAACUUAGGUUUGAUUAUUGCAGCUACAAAGGCAAUCUUGCCAUCUCAUUAGCUCUAAUAAUGAAUGUACCAUUUAUGUGUUUA